AUGGAGGUAGUGGAGGCCGCUGCCGCUCAAUUAGAAACUCUGAAAUUCAGUGUCAACGGCCUUGCUGUUGGGGAAGGUCUGGCGGCUCCAGCUCCAGGCUCCUGUCUUGAGCCAGAGUUACGUGCACCGCAGCAGUCGGGUGAGGCGUCACCGGACACUGGACAAAGAGCAGAGGCUCAGCCUGGAGUGGAGCAGGUGGCUCAGUACGAGUUGAGCUCCGCCGCCAACAGGAGUCCGGACCCGCAUUCACUACCCGAACUGCCACCCGGCGGGAACUGCGCCAUAGGUCUGGCUGCAGCAGAGCUGGCGAGGACCCCGGACUCCUUGGAGACUUCGGACUCGGACUCAGACAGUGACCCUGAAACAGAUUCAGAUAGUUCAAGCUCCUCCUCUUCCUCAUCUUCUUCCUCAUCUUCAUCUUCCUCUCAUAUAUCACUUUCUCCAGUGCUGUCAGAUGGAGAAGAUAAUUUACAAGUUAAGAAGAGUAAGAAUUUUCCUCUUAAAACAAAAGACGAGUUACUUCUUGAUGAGUUACCAUCUGUUGAAGAACUCACUAUUAUUCUUCCUGAAGAUAUUGAAUUAAAGCCUCUUGGGAUGGUUUCCAGUAUUAUUGAACAGUUAGUAAUAAUUGAAUCUCUUACUAGUGUACCUCCUGUUAAUGAGGAGACUGUGAUUUUUAGAAGUGAUCGACAAGCUGCAGGAAAGAUAUUUGAGAUAUUUGGACGCGUUGCACAUCCAUUUUAUGUGUUACGGUUUAAUUCUUCAGAGCACAUUGAAAGUAAAGGUAUUAAAAUAAAGGACACUAUGUAUUUUGCUCCAUCAAUGAAAGAUUUUACCAAAUUUAUAUUCACAGAAAAACUUAAACACUGGGACUGUGAUGAAUUUGAGUCUAAGCCAGAAGUCAGACUUCUAGCCAGGGAAUACCCAUAUCUGAUAGUUGUAAAGACCCACAUUUUAAAGUUACUGGCCUUGGAUUUCAGUGAUGAUGAGAAAGAAUCCGAAGCCAAACAGAGGAAAAAGUCUCAGAUUCAAGGAAGGAAAAAACUCAAAUCUGAAUUUAAUGAACCAGGUGGCGAUAUUGCAGAAGUACAUCAGAAUUGGAAUGCUCAUACUUCUGCUUCAGAAUAUUCAAAGGGAUAUCGCAACAGAGAAUUCACCCGAGGAUUUUCCAGAGGUAGAUAUCCUCGACCUUGCCAUGGAGGACCUCCACCUCAACAGUUUUAUAACACAGAGCAUGUGGUAUCUCAGGAGACAUCGGGGUUUCCACCUCAGAGACAAGACAGUCCUAUGAUGCCACAAUAUCCCUUUCCUCCUCCUGUGUUUGACAUGAAUAAUAUUUCACUCCCUCCACCACCACCUCCACCCCCAUUUGUAAACAUGGGUUGGCCUGCACCUAAUGUGACACCUCAUCCAUUACUGAAUUUGCCAUACUCCCUCCCUCCUCGUCCUCUCCCACCUCCACCCCCUCAACCUCCACUACCCUAUCCUGGAGACAGUAAUUCUUCUCAUUUUGGAACUUACUAUUAG